AAAGAGAAAUGCAUACAUAGAUUAUAUUAAUUUGUACAAUACUCUUGAUAUUUUUUAACCAAAUUUGCUUAUUAUUAAUCACAAAGUCAUACAUCGUAUAUCCGUCCAUUUCUAAUUUGGAAGAUUAGUUAAAAAUUUGAUAUUAGGGUUGCAUCUGACAAGUAUCCUUAUGACACGGUACAACUCGAAGAUCACGCACAUUGUUAUGGGUUAGAACUGUCAUACGUCGAGUAUAUAAACACGGUGGGAAAUUUGGAGUCUCAUUACUUGGCUUUUCUCAAAUGUCACAUCCUGUAAGAUGUCUGUUACCGAAGAAAGAAUCCAAGAAUUAAAUAGAAGAUUUUUGGAAUUCAUGAAUAAGUCCGAAAACGUAGAAAACGCUACUAAAGAGAUUUACGAGGACCUCUUAGACGAAGUUUUAAUGGGUUUUGUUUUUGAUGUACACAGAACCACAAAAACGGGAAGUUCUGACGUCGAAGAAGGUAUCCCCGAUGACGAAUCGUAUGCUAUUGUAGAUUCGCCAGGAUUAGAUGUCUUUGGACAACAUCCAGUGAAAAAAUCUCAAGAAUGUAAUUGUCCGAAUUGUGAUAGGGGUGUAGCAGCUUGUAGAUUUGCAACGCAUUUAGAAAAGUGUAUGGGUAUGGGUCGUAAUAGUUCGCGUAUAGCAUCAAGAAGAAUAGCUAAUAAUUCUAAAGAUCUUAGUACAUUCAGUGGAGUAAUAAGUGAUGACGACGACGAUGUGGAUUGGAGUUUAAAUAAUGAUAAACGUAAGAGAAGGAAGGAUCGUAAUGGAAUGAAGAGAUCGAAACAACAGAAGAACAAUCAAAGAAAUGGUGAUAAUCUUAAUGAACAUAUCCAUAGCAGCAAUGAAAAUUCCCCGUCUAAUUAUGAAAAUAUGUCAUUGGAGGAUAAGAGAGCAUUAUUAACGCAAAUAUGCGGUGUAAUAUCUGAGCACACGAAAAAGCUUUGUACAAGGUCUAUGCGUUGUCCGCAACAUACAGAAGAUCAAAGGAAAGAAAUGCGUGCAAAUUUAGAAUCUGAGAAAAGUGGACAGACUGGUCAGGAUAAUCUUCAUGUAGAUGUGGAUACUUAUGAAGAUAAUGAUGGACAGAAUUUAAGAGAUGCCCUAGCACGAUGGGACAGAGAAGGAUCUAGCCAUUCAAGUCCUGCUGAUUCUACUUCAACCACUUCUACAUCUUCCUUAAGUAGAAAAAGAGAAACAAAAUCAAAGGGAAAGGGUAAAGGUUCUAAACGAGAUCGUGGCUCUCCUAUUUCUCAAGGGGAUUGAGAUAGUGUAUUUAAUUUAUUUUUUAGUGACAUGAACAUUUUCACAACAAAAAUUAUAUAAUAAUGUUCCUACGCAUUGUGCAAAGCUUCAAGGACCUAAAAAAAAAAAACAUUGUAAAGAAAGAGUGUAAAACUAGAAAUUCCUUUGACUCAAUGAUCUUUAGAUAUUUAUAAAAAUAAAUUAAAUUAUUUCAUC